AUUAGUCUAUUAUCAUAGGGCUCAAAAACGGCCGCUCGCUUCGAUCUCGUGCUAAGUUUGAAAAUGCAUUAUUUUAUGAAAAUAUGGGACUACUAGAUUACCGAAUGGUAUGUUGGCAUUUCUGUAAAUUAUUUUUUUCCGAAAAACAGCCACGUCAAGAUCGCGGAUGGAGCAAUUUUUGAAAAAUUCGUAUCUCCAUUAUUAAUUGAUCAAUUUUUUAUUUUAAAAAAAGAAAUUAUUUGGGAAAGUCUAUAUUUUGAUAAAAAAAAUGUUUCAACUACAAAUAUUCUAUAUUGAAAGGAAAUUUCCCCAAAAAUUUUAAAAAAAACAUAUUUUUUUUUUUAAUUAUUUUUUUCUUACCAUUUUUAUUUCUAUAAUUAUGAAUUUUCCAGAGAAAAGUUUCAGAUAAAAAAUGCACAGAAUUUUCUGCUGAAUCAAAUUAUAUAUAAUUUAUUAGAGGUUGAUACAAUUAUACUACUGAAAGUGUAAAAAAUAGGAUGAGCGGCAUUGCUACGCUCAACAAAUACGAAAACGUGGCGCCGUCGGCGUCGUUCCCGGCGCGCCCAUAGAAAUCGAGCUUUUUCGCAUUGACCGAUAUAAAUAAUAUCUAUAAUAAAUGCUUCCAAAUUCAAAUAGGUUAAGACUUUGUUGAUUACCUUAAUCAUUUUUAGUCUAUACAUAUUUAUAUAUAUUUAGAUAUUAUCCGUGGAAAAUGGCAUUUGAUUUUAGUGUUUGUUUUGUGUGUCAAAAGCGCGUUAUUAAAAGUCAGGACGUAUUAGCAACACAAGAUUCAUUGUCUAAAAUUAAAAUAGCAGUGGAAAAAAGAGUGCAAUAUGGCGAUAAAAAUAUUGUUCUUCAAAAAUUACAAAAAUUAUUUAGUGAAUGUGAAACAGAAAAUAUGCUUGCCAAAAAACCCACUUAUCAUAGAAAAUGUUAUUCAGAACUUACGAAUAAAACUAACUUAGAAAGACUGAAAAAAAAAGUUAAUGUUGUGUCAUCAAAAAAUUCCACCACGCAUAUGAUGAGGCCUAGUAGAAGCACUUUCGAUAGUGAAAAAUGUGUUCUCUGUCAGGAGGUAAGAAAUGAAAACUUAUAUAAUAUUUCAUCCACAAAUAUGUCAGCGAAAUUAAAACAAAUAGGAAUUUGCACCUCAGACCUUACAUUGAAACAGAGAUUAAUAUUAAUUGCCACAAACGAUGAUCCACUUGCCGCUGUAGUGUAUGAUAUGAAAUAUCAUUUGAGCUGUUUUCGAAAACAUGAAAGAGCUUCAGUUACUGCUGAAUGCUCUCAGACACAGAGAGAUACUACGAUAAAUGCCACUGAUAUUGUUAACGCAGAAAUAAUUUGUUUUGUAAAAAAUACGCUUCUGGGCCACAAUGAGACAAGUCGUUUUUUAGACAUGAAUGUCAUUCAAAAAAAAUAUAUUAGUUUUUUGGCAAAUUCAGGCAUUGAACCUCAAGCAGAUAGAAACUACAAACCCUUUUUAAAAAACCUUUUGUCCGAUAAUAUACCCACAAUAGUUUUCUAUAAACCGAAAAAGAAAACCGAUCCAGAACAAGUUUUAUUAAACAGUACAUUAAAUGAAACUGUAAAUAUUGGACUUGAAGCUAAAAAGCAACUUAAGUUACAAAAAAUAAGUGAGGCUGCUAAAAUGAUUCGAGAUGAAAUACAAUCAAAUACAAAGUGGAUUUUUCAAGGGAGUUUUGACAAUUAUACUGAUCCGCCAGUUUUAUUUUAUUUUACAAAAUUGGUAUUGUUCGGGCAUAAUUGCAUUACCGAGAGUCCAGAAGGAAAAAAAUCUGUAUCUAUGGUUUGUCAGCAUAUUCUUCAAGCAUCUGUCAGUGAUAAACAAGGAAAAAAUAUUUCUUCUGAAUGGAGGAGGUCUAUAGAAACACCAUUAAGUGUGGGUUUAGCGUUGGAUGUGCAUAAAAAUUUUAGAUCUAAAAAAAUGAUAGAUACUUUGCACAAGUUGAAUCUUUCAAUAGAUUAUCAGAAAGUUUUGCGAAUAGAAGAUUCACUCAAAAGUUCUUUAUAUACAAGGCUUCAAGAAAUUAAUAUAGACGUAUGCCCACCAAAUUGGCUCAGUAAGAACAAAUUUUUAUGGUUUGCAAUUGAUAACAUAGAUUUCUUAGAAGCAACUCCUAGUGGCAUGGAUACGUUGCACGGCACUGUUACAGCAAUUAUUCAAGAAGAAACUACUCCAACAGAAAAAAAUCUUGUUCUACCAAAACUAGUUUUAGAUAGGAGUACUAGUAAUAUUAAAAGCUCCGAAAAAUUAUUUCACAAUCACAAUAGUUUUAGGUUUCCAAAUCCAGCACCUAAGAAACUGGAAUCCAUCAUUUGUGGGUCUAACAUAAACUUUUCUAAUGAUAACUUAUGCUGGAUUAUAAGUUCAAUAUCGGGUUCCCCAGAAACUACACUGGGCACAUGGUCAUCCUUUAAUUCUCUCAAGUCAUUUUCCUCCAAAAAAUGUAACGUUUCAUUAUUAGCACCUUUAAUUCCAUUCCCACCUACAAUACAUGACAUUCUCUAUAAGGCAAUUAAAGAAGCUCAAGCAGUAAAUUACUUAGCUAACGGAAAUAAUGCUGUCACUGUAAUCACGUUUGAUAUGCAGCUUUAUGAUUUAGCCAUGAAAAUUUGGGUUGCAGAUGAAAAUAUUCAGAAACAGUAUAUUUUUAGACCUGGAGAACUUCAUGUUACGUUUUGGGCUUUGGCAGCUUUAGGAAAGUACAUAGAAGGAAGUGGUAUCGACCAAGCCUGGAUAGAGGCAGGAAUGUAUAGUGCAUCGACUGUGAGUAGAAUACUGGAAGGCAAACAAUACUAUCGAAGCCUAGAAGCACACAUGACAACCGUACUGGCAUUAUGUGACUUUUUCAUUGAAAAAAUUAUAUCCAAGCCCGAAAUCAUAGAUUACUACCGUUCGCGUUCCACAGAACUUUUAAAUAUAUACAAGGAAAUAAAUAACAAAAAUAUGGACGCCACUUUAAAGGAACAAUUUCGAGGUUUAGUGAAAAACUUUGGAAAUUUAGAUCAACAUUUCAGUAAUACAUACUCAAACAGUAAAGGAACCUUUAAAUUCAUUUGCAAUUACAUCAAGCAGUUUGAAACUAUUUUAACUUAUAUAAAAGCAACGAGAGAAAAACAAUUCGAUCUUCAUCUUGAAAACACGGACGCUCUUAUAAAAUACUUUUUCGCACAUGAUCAUCUGAGUUAUGCAAGACUUCUGCCACUAUAUUUAUCUUCUAUGGCAUUUGUAAGAAAACACCAUCCAGAAAUAUGGCAAGAAUUUGUUUCAGGAAAUUUUUCAGUUUCAAAAUCAGAUAUACCAUUCACAGCAAUUGGACCAGACCAUGCAAUUGAACACGAAAAUAGAAAAUUAAAAGUUUCUGGAGGAAUUGUAGGAAUAACGAAGAAUAUGUCGGCUUUAAAUAGAUAUUUUAUGAUUGCUUCGGAACUCUCUCAAAUAACUGACAAGUUUCAAGAACUCAUAUCUCCAGGUAGAGAAACUAAAAACACUAUCCAUCAUGAAUUUCAUAGCCCUACAGAACAAAGAAUUAAAACCAAAUAUUUGGCAUUGAAGGAAGUAUUCGCUACCCAUAUCUCUGAGAUGCCUGAAAACGGUGAGGUAUGUAAUCUUCUCACUGGUAAAAUUUUAGACAAACAAAUAGCAAAUGAUAUUUUAAAUAGAGAUGAAUUAGGUAAAGAAAGAUAUAAGAUUUUUGAAAAUGAGAGAAUAACUGAAGGGAAAAAAGGUAUUUGGGAUCCAAUGCAGCGUAUGAAAUUGAAUACAUUUAAAAAUUCAAAUGCAAAGUCUAAAACGAAACAGGACGAAAAAAUUUUAGAAAUAAGAGAAGAAAGAAGUCUACUACAGCGAUUACUUUUAGUAUCUAGGACUCGUCAAGAUAUUGACCUGAAAAAAGCUGUUGGAGAAUAUGAAUUUGGUUCGAUUCCUCGGUCCUUAUUUGCUGCUGAUGGCAGUUUACUUCUUCCAACUGAUAAAUUUAAACUGAUGCAAAAACUGGAAGACAUUUCGAAAAAUAGCGAAAUUGAUGCCAAUAUAGUAGAUAACUUAUUAGUUAAAAACAGAUCAGUUAUUCUAGUAGACGGGAUGGCUUUGGUUCAAUGUAUUUCGAAAUCUCCCAGUAUGAAGACAUGUAAAGAUUUUGCCAAUGUUUUUGUCUCUAUGCUUACCGAACUUAGUAAAGCACAUGAUGAAGUACACUUAAUUUUUGAUACCUACAAAGAGAACUCGUUGAAACACAUAACUAGAACCAAAAGGACUAAAAAAUAUUCUGGCGCGUGCUAUCAUGUAUCAGAUGGAUCAAUAAUACAAAAUAUUACACUUAAGGAUUUUCUCUCAAACAUAAAAACCAAGAUGGAACUGACUGAAUACCUUGCCAAAAAAGUUCUAGGAUGUGGAAAUUUUAAACACGUUGUUGUCUCAUACAACAACAACACAAUUUCAAACAUGCCUCUAGAUAAUUUGGAAGACAAUAACCACGAAGAAGCGGACACAAUUUUAAUACUACAUGGAGUUCGCGUAACUCAACGAUAUGGAAAAGAGAUACAAAUGACUGUUUAUAGUCCUGAUACAGACGUUUUCGUCCUUCUUGUUAGUUUUUAUGAGAACUUGCCUGAUAAACUCCGAAUGAUAACCAAUAAGGGAAAAAUAAAAAAGGAAAUAGAUAUCGCUAAAGUGGCUAAAACCAUAAGUAUUGAGCAUAAAACAGCAUUAAUUGGUUUCCAUGCGUUUACCGGAACCGAUAUAACAGGAAGAUUUUCGAGAAUCAGUAAAGAAUUUUGCUCUAUAGUGUUCUUGGAAUUGGACAAAUCAUCUCCGAUCCUAAGAUCACUUGCAUUAUUGGGAACUAAGAAUACAUAUAGCACAGAAAUGAUGGAAAGCCUAGAAGAAUUUGUGUGUUUACUAUACAGAAAUAAGGUAAUCAAAAACCUCGCGGACUUGCGUUGGUAUCUUUUUUCAACAAAAAACCAAGAAGGCGAAAAUCUACCACCAACAGUUGAUGCACUGAACCAACAUAUCCUAAGAGCAAAUUACAUUGCUGCUGUCUGGAGAUGCGCAUCUGAAUCCAAACAAAAUCUUCCGGAAGUGAGAUUUUCUGGGUGGCAUCAAAAUAAUGAAUAUUUGGAACCAGUUCCUAUGCUAAGUCCACCAGCACCAAAGGCAAUAAUCAAGCUGAUUAAAUGUGGCUGCAAAAAGGGAUGUGGAACCAAUACAUGUUCCUGUAAAAAAAAUAAAAUAGUCUGUACUGAGGCUUGCGGAUGUUCAGUAGCAGAAUUUCCGUGUUCGAACGGAGAUUUAUUGACACCAGUAAUUAUAGAAGAGGAUGAAGAUUACUCUUGCUCAGGUGAAGAUAGAUGUUUUAACGCAGGCUUCAAUAAACAAAAAUUUAUUUUCAGAUGAUGAAGACAUGGAUAACUAUUGAGCCAAAUAAUUUUUUUCAAAUUUAUGUUUCAUUAAAUAUAUCAAAGAAUCAAUUUUUAUUUUUUUUCUAUAUAUGUAAUAAUUUUUUUAUGUAUUGAUCGCAAAUAUGUAAUUAAGAAUAAAUUCCCAAAUGUCAUUUUUGAACACUUGUUAAUAUACACCGUUGGAUUCAGCAGAAAAUUCUGUGCAUUUUUCAUCUGAAACUUUUUUCUGAAUAAUUUAUAAUUAUAGAAAAAAAAAAUUUGUGAAAAAAAUUAUUAAAAAAAAAUAUGUUUUUUUUUUUAAAUUGUUGGGAAAAUUUUCUUCUAGUAAUAAAUAUUUAUAGUUGAAACAUUUUUUUAAUUAAAAUAUAGACUUUUCCAAGUAAUUUCUUUUUUUGAAAUAAAAAAUUGAUCAAUAAAUAACGGAGAUACGAUUUUUUUAAAAAAUUGCUCCAUCCGUGAUCUUCAAGUGGCGGUUUUUCGGAAAAAAAUAAUUUACAAAAAUGCCAACAUACCAUUUGGUAAUCUAGUAGUCCCAUAUUUUCAUAAAAUAAUGCAUUUUUAAACUUAGCACGAGAUCGAAGCGAGCGGACCCUAUGAUAAUGGACUACAUGUA